AUGACUUCAAGCUCGAAUGGUACCGCUAGCGCAGGAGCUGUAGCUGCUGUGAUCAUUGGUGGUAUACUUGGCUCCUUAUGCUGCAUCGCAUGUUGUGUGGGAUCGAUCGUAGGCGCUAUAAUCUUGAUCAAAUACUUCAAUAAACAAACGACUGUUGUCAGUAGUGGCAUGGUUCUCGAACCGUAUCCGGUACGACCACCGUAUACAGGUAAUUAUGACCACUAUGCAUCAUCGUACCCGAUGAAAAAUUACACACCAGCAUAUCAUUCGGACGAUCAGCCGCCAGCGUAUCCGAUAAAUAACCAGCCACCGGAAUAUCAAUCGGAAAAAUCGCAGAUUCUCCCACCACGUUCGGCGACCGAAGUAAAAAUUAUGGAAACAUCAACAUAA